CUUGUUACCGAGCUACCCGGAGGGCCCUCGGUGUGGUUGUGAGAGAUCUCGAGUGAUGGGAGACCCUCUUCUCUUCACCUGACCUCUCGCGAUAAAGGUAGGUCACGGCCCUCUUUCUAGACUAUUUCAAAACCUCAGGUCAUAGAUUCGUUCUAACCCUACUUAUACUGCAUUAUCUUAUCCAGCAUCACACUCACAUGAUUAUUUACAUAAGGCCCUACUGUAUAAAAACCAUUUUCAAUUUACCAGCGCAAGAUUUUGGGACAACAUCACUCGGCAUCUAAAAAAAAAAAAGAAAGAGAGAAGAAAGAAAACAAAUUGUGACAGCUUCACUGCUUGACUGGAACGAAAGUUACCAAGAAGAUGGAAAUUUUGGGGUUUGAACUACCCGUUUUUCUUUUACUGGUACCCCUGGCAUCUUUGCUACUUUAUGUGUAUGGGACAUGGAAUUUCGGGUACUGGAAGUCAAGAGGCGUUCCUGGCCCUCCCCCCACACCUUUCUUUGGUAACACUAGGAGUAUGGUUUACAAGGGAUUUGUGCAAAGUCUGUGGGCCUUUUCUAAACAGUAUGGUCGCAUUUAUGGCAUCUACAGUGGUCAGAAGCCUAUGCUUGUGAUAAACGACCUUGACAUUUUGAAGGAGGUCUUCGUUAAAGACUUCCAUCAUUUUACAGACAGAUUUGAACGAAACAACCUUUCAGCACGAGAAAUUCAGAAAGGUUUGUUCUUUGCAAGGGGAAGCGACUGGAGAAGAAUCAGAAAUAUCGUAACACCGACUUUCAGUGCAGGAAAGCUGAAGCUGAUGGAGUACUACAUCAAUCGCUGCAGCACUGAUUUGGCGACAAACAUCGAAGAAAUCUCUCAGACAGGUGGCCUGGUGGACGCCAAAGAAUACUUUGGGGCCUACACCAUGGACGCCAUAGCAGGCACGGCGUUCGGCCUUGUGGUCAACUCGCAGAAGGACCUCAGCGAACCUUUCGUCACCAACGCCAAGAAAAUCAUGACCGGAGGAGGACGACUCUCGAUCUUAGGCGUCAUCUUGAUAUUGGUGCCGCGUUUGGCGCCAGUCCUCCACUUUUUGAAAAGAAAGUUUUUCAUGGAGGAGACUGUUCAGUUCUUUCUCCAGAGCAUCUACAGGAUGAUGGAGGAACGAAAACAAGAUCAGUUAAACCAGAGGAAACCAGACUUCUUACAGUUGCUUCUAAAUGCCGAGGCAACUGAAGACUUUCCUUUGACGACCGGCAGUGAAAAGCGUCUGACGAAAGAAGAAAUCGCUGGCCAAGCUUUCAUCUUCUUUGUCGCUGGCUAUGAAACGACAUCAACAGCGCUCCAGUACCUGUUCUACAACCUGGCCAAGUUCCCGGAGCUCCAAGAGAGAAUUGUUGAUGAAAUCGAAAACAUAGUUGGAGACAGAACGCCCACGUAUGACGAUGUUGGGAAACUGAAACUUCUGGAGCAGACAAUUUACGAAACUCUACGUCUGUAUCCUCCAGUCUCUGUAAUAACCAGAGUUGCAUCUGAAACUGUGACUAUUAAUGGACUGAAGAUAGAGAAGGGCACUGGGGUUAUGAUCCCAAUUUGCGACAUCUCGAGGGAUCCAGAAUACUUCCCAGACCCUCUUGACUUCAAACCUGAAAGGUUUUCGGACAGCAAUAAAGGUGAAAUGAAUCCUGUUUCCUUUCUACCAUUUGGUUUCGGACCUCGUCUGUGUGUGGGGAUGCGCUUGGCGCUGCUGGAGGUCAAGAUGGCCGCGGUGCACGUGCUGCGGAAGGUCCGCUGCGUCUGGACAGAUGAUCUUCCGUCUUCCCCAUACCCUUCCCAGAUGUCUUGGUCACGCGCUGGGACACUAGUGACAGACCAUUGUAAGACCAUUUGUCAGAGUUCCAUGUCAUUGCGACACCGGAGCGAAGGCGGAGCUGACCUGCCACACAUGGAACUGCUAUUUGGAACAGAUGUUCCACUUUAUAUUCUACUGCUAGCAGUGGUGUGCAUUUUGCUCUGUAUCUACGGGACAUGGCCAUUUGGACUGUGGAAGUCCUUGGGUAUUGAUGGACCGAACCCUGAGGCUUUCUUUGGCAACCAGCGAGAACUAAACAGAGAGGGAAACCAAACUUGCUUUCGAAAAUGGACACAGAGAUACGGCCGCACAUUCGGAAUUUAUUCAGGACGUCAGCCUCUCCUUGUAACCAGCGACCUGGAUAUUCUGAAAGAAGUGCUUGUGAAAAAGUUCAGCAAGUUUACAGACAGAUUUGUCGUAAAUGACAUAAAUGCGGAGGUCAACCGAGUUCACCUGAUUAACGCCAAGGGAGCUCAGUGGAGGAGGAUUCGCAAACUUCUGACAUCAGCCUUCACUACUAGCAAACUGAGACAGUUUGAGCCGUGGAUCAACAGGUGCUGCACUGAUCUCGUCGCCAACUUCGAAGGGAUGAUAAGGAAAGAUGAGAGGAUCGAUGUAAAGAAGCUGUUUGGAGGUUUCUCUAUGGACGUGAUAGCGAGGACAGCUUUCGGAAUCGAAGUAAACUCUCAAAAAGACUUCGAUGAACCGCUUGUAAGAGAUGCCAAAAUUGCUUUGGACAACAUGAAUACUGGAACACCAUUCCUCGUGAUUCGAAUAUUAUUUCCCUUUCUCGCACCUGUUCUGAAACUUCUCAGAACCUAUUUCUUGAAGAUAACAGCAAUACAUUCUCUUGUGAGAAAUAUUGAAGGCAUCAUCGAGUCUAGGAAAAAGGCGAAGAGCGAGCAGAAACAAGCAGACUUUCUCCAAAUGAUUCUCACUUAUGAAAGAUCAGAAGACGGCGAGCAACCACAUGUGGAACAAAAGUCUAUGUCUAGGCUUGAAAUCCUCGGACAGGCCUUCCUCUUCUUUGUCGCUGCCUAUGAGACCACAUCCUCUACACUGCAGUUCAUGGCUUACUGUCUUGCUCGCCACCCAGACAUUCAGCAAAAAAUUCUUCAAGAGAUCGAGAUAGAACUUAGUGAUGAAAAUCCGUCAUACGACAAAAUGGCGAAGUUGAAAUAUUUAGAUGCCGCUAUACACGAGACACUCAGAAUGUUUCCACCAAUUAACACAGUCAAUCGACUGGCGUCUGAGACCGUUACCAUCAAGGGGGUAACAAUCCCGGCAGGGGGAGGAGUUAUCGUUCCUAUCAUCCAGGUGUUGCAGGAUCCUGAAUACUUUCCCGAGCCUGACAAGUUUAUUCCUGAACGGUUUUUGACCGAAAACAAAGCCAACAUAAACCCCAUCUCCUACCUGGCCUUUGGGUUCGGUCCUCGUCUGUGCAUCGGCAGGCGACUGGCGCUGCUGGAAGUCAAGAUGGCCAUGGUCCACGUGCUUCGGAAAAUGCAGUUUGUCAAGACGGACGACCUCCCGGACACUCUCAACUUCAAGAGCGGAACUUCUCUCAGUCCAACCGAGAAGCCGCUGAUGGUGAAGGCUGUAUUACGAAAGUCAGCAGUUUUGGACUGAAAGUCAUCAUUCGGAAACAAAUCAUGGGAAUCAAGUAAACAAAAUGAAACUGCGCCACUUGAGCUUCAAUAAAUAAGCAGAAUCUAUAGAAGUUCAGCUUGAAGACACAUCCUGUUCAACUUAAAGCAACAGUUAUUCAUUCACACUAUACCUGCUUUCUGUUUGUAUUCACUUAUCUCCUUUUCAGGAUAUUUAAAUCAUUGGAUGUUACUUGAAAUUAUUUACAUUUUACAGUUUUUUUAACGAUUGCACCAUUGUUCUUUUCGCACCUCACCUAACUGAUUUAACAAACCUUUACUGUGUCAACAUCAAACAAAAUAUGAAACUUAUUCCAAAGCGUUUUGCCGUUAAACCACAAUAUAUAUUGAAAUUAUUGACCAUAAUCUUAAAAUUCUAACCAAACGUGACAACUGCAUAGAAAAAUCCUUUCGACACUACUUAGAAGACUUUGUUCUUCCAAAGUUAUGGGGAUUGAAAUGCUCUUUAAUACCGUUUCUUUUAUCUCUCCGUCCAAAUAUUAUUUUUUAACAUUUGGGUGAGACUUCGCAAAAAUACUAGUUCCUAAAUCUGGGUAAAUACCGUGCUCAUGAUAUACGGCUACACAUUGUCCCAAGCACAAAGUCAACAACACAAAGGUUAGGGCACGCUGACACUGUGAGGGCGACACAUGAGGAGAUAACACCGUGCGUUAAUUAGGUGUAAUUAUGUACUUAUGUACUUAUUACAAAUGUGGCCACAAAUCUGAGGUAAAAAAUGCAACCAACUAGAUCCCUGGUGCCUAUGGUUACUCGAUACAGAUUUGUAUGGAUUGUUAUUUGUUACUUGCAGUUUUUAUCCUGAGGGACAAGGGAAAGUUAAAAAUAUUUGUUUCCCCUCUUCCAAGUCAUUUAAAUCCAAGGGACAGAACCUGGCUAAAUCUUCUGACAGCUCAGAAACCGCCAUCUUGGUAGUCAUAAGGCAAUACUGUCUAAGAAUUUGGAAUGUCCUACCACUGUCUUCUGAAUUUCCAAUAAA